CCUUCUUUCUUUCUCACGCUUUUCUUCUCCGUCUGCUUCUCCAUCUCUGUCAUCGAUAUACCCAAAUCCCUCUAGAUCUGUCUUUCUCUCUUGGAUUUCUUCGAUCCGGAGGCCAUGGAUCCCAUGUCGGAGGAGCAAUUGGACUACGGAGAGGAAGACUAUGGCGGAUCUCAAAAGUAUCCAUUUGCCGGCGGCGGUGGAGGAGGAGGAGGAGGCGGAGGAGGAACUGGCGGUGCGAUCCCGGCGCUCGCUGAUGAGGAGUUGAUGGGCGAGGACGACGAGUAUGACGAUCUCUAUAACGAUGUCAACGUGGGCGAUGGAUUCAUGCAGACGAUCCAGCAGAAGCAGGCGCCGCCAGCGCGGUCUGAACCGACGCCAGCGCCGGCGCCGGCUGUGGCCUUUGGGAAUUCAAACCAGAAUCCGGAGAACCAUAGCAGUGGUGGUAUUGAGGUAAAGGAUGCGAAACCCGAGCAAAAGCCUGCACAGAUGGGAGGCAUAGGGUUUCAAGGAGGCUCUUUGGGUCCAAUUCCUCCGAAGAUGGUCAUCGAUCCCAGCUUCGGCGGCGGAGGACCUCCAUCGGUGCCGGCUGUUGCUGCUCCUCCUCCUCCAAUUCCUCCUUCUAUACCUCUUAAUCCAGUGGGUUCUGGCGUGGUGGGGAGCCGCCCUUCGAUGGUGAAUGAUAACGUGAGACAGGUGAUACCUGCUGUGGAUAAUAGUGGUCCAACGAUGCUGUUCGUUGGGGAACUCCAUUGGUGGACUACUGAUGCGGAAUUGGAGAGUGUGAUGUCUCAGUAUGGGAGGGUGAAGGAGAUUAAGUUCUUUGAUGAGAGGGCGAGUGGGAAAUCGAAGGGGUAUUGUCAGGUGGAGUUCUAUGAGUCUGCCGCAGCGGCAGCCUGUAAGGAAGGGAUGAAUGGGUACUUGUUCAAUGGGAGGCCUUGUGUGGUGACCUUUGCAUCACCACAGACGUUGAAGCAGAUGGCGAGUGGGUAUGUGAAUAAGAACCAGGGGCAACAGCAGUCACAGAUGCAGGGGAGAAGGGGGAUGAAUGAUGGGAUGGGGAGAGGGAGUGGGAUGGGAUUUCAGGGUGGUGAUGGGGGUAGGAACUUUGGAAGGGGUGGAUGGGGAGGUAGGGGUGGGCAGGGAAUGCUUAAUAGAGGGCAAGGUGGGGGUGGACAGAUGAGGGGGAGAGGUGUUAUGGGUGCUAAAGGUAUGGUUGGGGCUGCUGGUGUGGUUGGAGGUGCAGCUGGAGGUCCUUAUGGGCAAGGUCUUGCAGGGCCUGGUUUAGCAGGUCCUGCAGGCGGGCUGAUGCACCCACAGGGCAUGAUGGGUGCAGGGUUUGAUCCAACAUUCAUGGGACGGGGAGGUCCUUAUGCUGGUUUCGCUGCUCCUGGUUUCCCAGGGAUGAUGCCUUCAUUCCAAGCUGUUAAUGCUGUUGGACUUCCCGGGGUGGCUCCUCAUGUUAAUCCGGCCUUCUUUGGCCGUGGAAUGUCUGCCAAUGGAAUGGGAAUGAUGGGAGGGGGAACUGGGAUGGAUGGUCAAUCUGUGGGGAUGUGGGGUGAUGCCAGUAUGGGUGGGUGGACUGGAGAGGAGCAUGGGAGGAGAACAAGGGAAUCUAGUUAUGAUGGUGAUGAUGUGGCAUCUGAUUAUGGUUAUGGGGAGGUGAAUCAUGAAAGAGGUGGGAGAUCGAAUACUUCUAGGGAGAAGGAAAGGGGCUCAGAGCGUGAUUGGUCAGGGAACUCAGAAAGGAGGAACCGUGAUGAGAGGGAGCAGGAUUGGGACAGAUCUGAUAGAGAUCGCUACAAGGAAGAAAAAGAUGGGUAUAGAGAUCAUAGGCAUCGGGAUCGUGAUAGGGAUAAUGAUGAUGAUUGGGAUAGAGGGCAGUCUUCUUCAAGGUCUCGAAGCAAGUCACGGAUGAUGCAAGAAGAAGACUACAGGUCUCGUUCUCGAGAUGCAGAUUAUGGUAAGAGACGACGCGGGUCAGAGUGACUGGGCAUUGUGAUGGCAGCUUCAGAAUUCGUAUAAAGUGGUCAACUCAUCAUCAGUCCUUCGGUGCUGCUGGCCAUAAUUGUUCAUGGGUUCCUCAACAUCUAUGCAGGUGAGUAUGUUGGAUGAGAUCCUUGGGUUGAUGGUGGAUGGUAGACAAGAGGAGACUCUAAUUUCAUGUUUGCUUCCUUCCGAACAUCCUUCACACCAAAGAUUAACAUUUGUGUGCUUUAAACUAUCAGUACUUUCUUAGCAUCUGGAAACCCUCUCAUACAAUUAUUAUGCCUCACAUAAUCCUUUUUCUGUGAGAUAAUAGGCUGCAUGAUGACUUAGAUGCAUUUAAAUGUUCUCUUGAUUUUUGCUAUUAUGAGUGUGUUAUUAGUACUUCUGUGACUUGAUAUUUCAUCUCUAGAUGUUAGGCUAAAGCUUUAUAACUCUCUUGAUUUCAAGUUGUAUUUAUACUCAAACAUAGUGCCAUAUAGUGUGCUUUCCAACUGCAAGUUGGUCCUUGUCAUUGGCCUGCUCAAAAGGGAUUGCUGUUUUUUUAGAUGCAUCACUAAUGUCAAGGAAUGCCUUUUUUUUGGCAUUAUUGAAGAUUUGUUUUAUAGUAGAUUGUUCCUAACAUGUUUGUGACAAA